CCAGUCAUGAUCACAUGAUCCAGCCAAACUGCUGGCCCACCAUUUUGUCCCACCCAGAAAAACUUCCCCUUUUUCUGUGCACGUUUUAGGAGAUGCCAGUUCUAAAUUUGAGUUGGAUUUCUUCUAAUGUCAAGUCCUGGUUUUCCCGUUCUAGGAACUUGGUGACCAAUGUGAGCCCAGAUGACAUGGAUCGUCACACCACUCGGCAGGUAGAGGCCCAGCAGGCAGCCAGUGUUCUGUACAAUGGUGGACCUCCCGUCUAUAACCACAACUACGCAGAGUCCCUGGAGAGGACGAGCUCCAUGCAGAAUAGCCUGGUAUCAAACGAUCCUGACUUCGACCGCGGGAAAAUAUCCACAGUUCGACGGACAUUUUGUCUCUUCCUGGUCUUCGACUUUGGACUGGUGGUGCUCAUCUGGCUCAUUUUUGCAAUAGGGAAUGAAAAAGGGGGAUUUCCUGAGCUGGAGAGACAAGUCAAGAAGUACACAGUGAAAGACUCUCUAUUUGACAUUGUGCUUGUGUCGGCAGCCAGAGUCACGUUCAUGCUGUUAGCCUACGCUCUGUUCAGACUGCGCCACUGGUGGAUGAUAGCGUUCUGUACACUUGGGUCUUGUGUGUUCCUGAUAUACAAAGUAGUUGUUUAUGAUUUUUCUGGAAGUACCCAUCCUAUGGACUACAUAGUCCUGUUGUCUUCUUUCAUCUUGGCAUGGAUAGAAACAUGGUUUCUAGACUUCAAGGUGCUGCCACAAGAGAGAAAACUUGAACAACGGGCCAAAGCUAGACUUCAACACAGCCAAGGUGCACAUGAGCGGACACCGUUGCUAGGUGACCAGCCAAGGAGAGGCAGUAUCACAGAUGUAGGAUCCUUCUAUUCUCCAUUAAGUACCCCUGAGUUUAGCGAUGACGAGGAUGCAGUUGGCCGUAGCUCCAGAAGGGGGCGCUCCUCAUCAUCCAAUCAAGCCACACCCUCUCCAACAAUGGAUCGGGAAUAUAAAAGGCUGGGAAAGGAAGCGUUUGACAUCUGCUGGCAACUUCUCAACACUACAGAAGGAUGGUACAAGGAGAAGGAGAAAGAAAACGGAGAUGUAGUCUUCUCAAGGAAGGACCCAAGAUUUGGUAAAAUAUUCAAAUGGCAGGGUAUACUUGAUAUCAGUGCAGAAGCACUUCGCUCAGACGUGUUUGAUAAAGUAGAGGAAGCCGUUGCUUGGAACGACACACAGGAGGAAUGUAAGGUCCUUCGAGUUAUUGACCGCCAAACAAAGAUCACGUAUGACAAGUCUACAGAAGCACUGGGUGGUGCUGUAGCAAGCAGGGAUUUUGUCAAUGUUCGCCACAUUCAGAAGAAGGGGAAGUACUACAUAUCAGCUGGGAAAACAACCACACAUCCAGCCGCACCGCCUAGGAAAGACACUAUCAGAGGAGAAAACAAACCUGGAUGCUAUGCCAUGAUGCCGAUAGACAAUGAGCCCAAUAAAUGUCUGUUCAUCUGGAUUGUCAAUGUAGACCUCAAGGGCUGGAUCCCUCAGUACCUAAUAGACCAGGCGAUGGCAGGAAAGAUUCUAGAUUUCCUCAACUCUCUCAGGAAACAUGCUGAAGACAUAACACAGGUCUAACACUGGUCCUCUGUAAAACCAUCACUUCAAAAACAGUCUGUAACAUAAUCAUGAUCAUCAUCUUUGUCAAAUCAGGAUACACCUUGUUUUAGCAGAAUUCAAAUCUUUCUUGCAGUGACAAAAAAUAGUAUUUCUGACCAAAAUUGUCAAUUUUACAAUUAUGCUAUGUUAAUAUUUGUAAAUAGCCAUUAAAGCCACAACUUUUUUCCCAUUCCCACUUGUACAACUUUUUUUUCUAAUAGGAAAAUCACAUAUUGUGGCACCAGUUACAAACUCAAUAUGCGCAAUGGCCAAACAAACAGCUGGGUACUGUAAUCUUUAAAAUGUUCAUAAAACAACACCUAGUUCCAAAUAUCAAUAUUUCUACACAAUACGUAUCAGCAUUUUUCUAUGUCAGAUAUGCAUGAUAAAUCAUCAUCAUCCUUUUUCCAGGCAGUUUUAUACUAUUAAGUAUCUUGCGAUCACUUCUCAGUAAUAUAUAUUGUGCACUAAGAAAUUAUAUUGUGUAUAUGAUGUAUGUAUACAAAUGUAUAUGGUGAUAUUAUGCAAUCCAUUGAUAUGCAAUUGUAAUGAACCACACAUACAUGUAUGUGUUGUAUUUCUUUUCUGUGUGUUUUGUUUAAACAAUUCUGUAAGACGUGAAUAUGUAAUGAGCAAAAAUUUAGGUGUUUAAAAAAACACUGAUUGUAAAUAUGGCAAUAUGAUGCAGUAUGAGAUGUUUUUGUACCAGUGUUUUUUAUCUCAUUGUAAACAAAGUUGACUCAUAAAAAAAUGGUGCCAUAUUCAGAAAUCAAGCAAACAUGAAUUUUGUUAAAAGUACCAAUAUUGUAUUUUCUUUCAUUUCUUUGUUGAUAGUGUUUCUUCCAUCACUUCUAUUGAAGAUUAACAAAUUUUAGUAUAUUUCUUUGACCAUAACUGAGAUUCUUUUGUAUUCCAAUUGCAAUGAAAUGCCUUUCAUGUGAUUUUGAAAUGCCUUACAGAGAAGACCUAUGCAUGUUGUUUAUAAUAAUGUUUAAAGUUGUCAACCUACAUGUAUGUGCUUGUACACCAUUCUGACAUUGAAUUUGAUUCCAUGUACUUUAA